GCGAUUGGGCGGAUUCUGAGGCAGCAGCCCUAGAGUAGGGCAUAACCAGUCAAGUUCCACUAUCCCUUUCCCCGCCUGAAGCUACUUCAACCGGAGCAUAGGAUUUGCAUAUGCGGUGCGGAAUUGUGGAAUUACGUUUCAUCCGCGCCACGAUCAGCCCGUCAACAGCGGGGUAAACAAGAUCCCUCUCCUCACUCUGAAGGUUGCCCCAAAAGCGGAAUCUACAAUAGCGUCCAAGAGUCCUUCGUUCCUAUCCCAGCUUAUGCUCUCCGGAGAAUACAGCAACUUUAUUCUCGCUUACCAUGGGCAGAAUCCACCUUCAUAAAGCCGUUGUGUGUCCACAGUCCCCAGUCAUCGCGGCCGCCUUGCGGAAGGAAUUCCAGUUGUUGUUGUUGUUGUAUAAUUACCGUCGUGAAGACAUGAAGAUGUCCACAGAAUCCCCUAUGGGGCAAGACGAUGUGCUAGGCUGGUCGUCUACAGAUGAAGGGGUAUCGACCAAUGAGAGGACAUGAAAUUGCCCUUUCAAUAAAAAAGGGAGAGCCCAUAGGGAUGUAGUAUCGCCAUCUCUAGACGCUGAUCGUCUCUCUGGCGGCAACCGGGUGUUGUUGUAGCAUUAGCUGUUAGAUUGGAUCAUGUACAGAGCAUCGGAUCGGAUGGUCACGUGGUGACAGCCAGCCUCUGCCGGGCACAGCCCGAAUAGGAAGGCGGUCAGGGAAGCCUAUAACCCCUGAUCAACGAGGCGAUAGCCUAGCAAAAGGACAG